AUGCAGAACUUCCACCACUGCAAGUACCUCCUGGACCAACUCAACAAGCAGCGUGAGCAGAGUAUCUUGUGUGACUGCAUUGUUGUGAUUGGCCAGUCACACUUCAAGGCCCACAAGAAUGUCCUGGCGGCGUUUAGUGAGUACUUUGGAGCUCAGAAUGACAGCUCAAGCAUUGAUGGGUUUACUUUCCUGGACCCAAGUCAGGUGAAUGAAUACAAGUUUCAAACCUUGCUGGACUUCCUUUACACUGGAGUCAUAAAUAUUGAUUGUUACAAUGUGAGCGAGUUGCUGCAGGCAGCCAACUACCUUAAGAUAGAGAGUCUAGUUGCCAGAUGCAUAGAAUUUUCUGAGACACACAUUGAAAGCAAGAAACACAAGAUGGAAGAAGAGGCAACUGCAACAGCUUCUGUUGGCACUGGCCUGGCUGGUAAGCGUAGUUAUGCCUCCUCUGCAUAUAACUACUCAAAAGAAUAUGCUUCCCCACAUGCAGGUGGAGAUCAGAAAGGAUUGCCCAAAGGUCAACUUAAAAAUGGCUGCCAAAAGACUACAAGAAAAAAAAUUAACCAAGUCCAAAAACUUGCAGAAAAAUCAAUAAGCAGCUAUGUUGAUCUUGUAGAAAAAAAUGAGCUGAAGAAAGACUUGCCAAGAUCAGCUAAAGUUUUAGCUUAUACCAACCACAACACCGAACAACUAACACAACUAAAUCAACAGUGCAAGAACUUAGAAAAAGAUUUGAUGGGUAGUGAAAGUCUUGCAGAUCAGGAUAAGAUCUCACAGAAACCUAAUAGAAAAAGAAGCAGAGCUGGAAAAAAAAGAACUCCGAAGGAAUCUUGUAAGACGGCACCAGCCAGCAUCAAAGAAGAGAGAUGCCUGGACCCUUCUGUGGGAAGUGAGUUGAACGAGAGGCAGUCAAAGAGGAAGCCAUUGUGCAGUGCCUGUGGAAAGGUGUUCUCCGAGGCCAGUAGCUUACAGAGACACAUGCGAAUACACAAAGGAGUGAAGCCCUACAUCUGCCAGCUGUGUGGGAAAGCAUUUACACAAUGCAACCAGCUGAAGACUCACACCCGCACACACACAGGAGAGAAGCCAUACCAUUGUGAUAUCUGUAACAAAGGCUUUGCUCAGAAAUGCCAGCUGGUCUUCCAUAGCCACAUGCACCAUGGAGAAGAGAAACCGUACAAAUGUGACUUCUGUAGCCUUCAGUUUGCCACAUCCAGCAAUCUCAAAAUACACAAAAGAAUACAUAGUGGAGAAAAACCGUAUGUUUGUGAAAGAUGUGGACAAAGCUUUACUCAAGCAAGUACUUUGACUUAUCAUUUACGUCGUCACACAGGAGAGAAACCUUACGUCUGUGACAUGUGCGGGAAAGCGUUCGCUGUAUCUAGUUCUCUUAUCACACAUACUCGUAAGCACACAGGAGAGAAGCCAUACAAGUGCACCACAUGUGGGAAAACAUUUUUUUCAGCAGGAGACCUUAAUAAACAUGGCAAGUCUCACAAUGGAGACAUAAACCAAACUCCUCAUUCAGCGCCAGACUUCUUUCAAGACGAGGAUAUUCUCCAGAAAGCUGUUUUGCAGGAGCUAGUUGAAUUGAAACCCAUAAACUUUUCACUCGCCAAUUUUGUUCCAAUGGCCCCAGAAGACAAGAUGCUGUUGAUGAUAACAGAAGGUUCUUCUGCUUCUUCAGAUCAGCCACUUAAAAUCAAUGAUUCAGACUCAAAUUAUUUCUUUCUGAAACAGCUCUACUGAAUCUUUGUCAUACAAAAUUUAUAAAUAUUGUGAUAAAACGCUUUCACACUACUUUUUACUAUUUAAAGCAAAAUAAAGAUUAAUUCUAUAUCAUACUUGGACAUAUGUAGACUUCGGGUCAAACAUUUUAGAACACCUCAGAUUUUUCACUUUUUAUUGAAAUGCACACAGUUUAAUGUAUUAAUGUUGCAAUCAAGGCAUAGAAAUAAUAAACGCUGGUAAAUAAAAAAAAAGUCAAAGAAAUCAUUAAAGUGUUCAAAAUGUUAUUUUAAGUUUUGA